CGGGUAAUUAGAACGGAUAAAGUAGGAUCUUAGUUGAUUUACAUUCAGCAAUAAAUCAGCGUUGAGGUUCCUAGGCUAACGACGACAGUUAUGAGUUCAUCGAGUUCUCUGGGAGAAAGAAAUGGACCUUCCGCUGGAACCUCCAGUGCUUUACUCGGUAUCACUGAGUCGGCAGUAAAGUCUCUUAAUGAAAACCGGGUGCAAAGUCUUUCUGGACAAUCAAGUAGAAUCUCAUACCAAGAAGACUGGAGAUCUUCAGUUAUUUCGCCCAUUACAGUUGAUAGCAAAGGGGGAACACACUCAGUGUCGUCAAAUAUAUCUGGUGCAACAACCCCCACAUUGGUCACACCUGAUGUAAAAGAUAGAUCAAACAACAGUUCGACUGCAAGUGAAAUCCUUAUCCAGUCUACCACUAUAAAUCCUCCAGAUAUUGUGAGGAAAUCUGUCUCAUCCUCUAGAUCUACUUCUAGUGCAACAUCUAGGGCUAGUUCUGCUCAGAGCUUUGGUGGUGAAAACAAUGUCAGGAGGGUCAAAGUGAAAACCAAAUUUUUACGUGAGAUUAAAUCUCCUUUUGAAAAUGCAGAGAGUGCACAGUCAUGUGAUGAGAAAAUCCCUCUACCCUUGACCAAACAGAAGAAUUCAAAUAAUGUUGAGAAUAUUCCACCCAUAAAAAACAGUGUGGAAUCAAAGAAAAAUCACAAAGAGAUAGUUGGAAUCUCAAAUAGAGAAAACAGUUCAUUAGUUAAUAGACUGAGAGAAAAUGAAAGAAAAAACAAAGAUUCAAAGUUUAGACCUGGAGGAUCUGAAGUAUUUGAUUCCUAUGAGAGAACUAAAGGACCAACUAGUAAUAACAAACCAGCCACUGAAUUACAUGACUCACCAAAAGCCCAGGAAACAUUCAGUACACUAAAUGAUGCUGAUGUUGAAGCAACAAAAAGAACAGAGCAAGUGAAAGUUGGUGAAAAGUCAAUUUCCACCAACCUGAAAAGGCUCAGAAAUGAACAGAUCGAAUUGAAACCAAGAGAUGGACAAGAAGUAAAAGUAAAGACAAUAUCAGCAGUUCCAACUGAACACCAGCUACCAAGAAAACUUGAGCAUUUACACAUGCAAUACCUAGGGAAAGAAGAUAUUAGGGAACACCCUAAUAUUAGGGAGGCAGAUACUAAUGAAGCAGAUAUAGUCACAGUUCCAGAACAGAUUGUCACCAUCACUGCAUCCAACAUAUUGUCCACAUCUGCCAGUGAUAAAUCAUCCUCAUUCAGUGAAGUUGAAAUUCCAAGAGGACAGCCAGAUGCAUGGAAGAAACCUAACAGGGGAAAAGUGCUCAGACAAGGGAGCAAAGUUGACUCGUCUGGUCCUUUGACGAGAGAUCAGAGCGGAGGAGAUGAAGUGCACAUCUAUCAAUACAAACUGAAUGACAAACAAAAAUUGUUGAAAGAGAGUUUUGCCAAAAGACCAGGAGGACCAGUGAAGAAAGUGGUACAGGCACAGUAUGUUGGUAAAGAUCAAUCAGCUGAGGUUCCAGCACCUACUGCAGCCCAGCCUGUUCCUGCUGCCUCUACCACAGCAUUGCCUUCUGAUACACUGGCUACUGCUUCUGCUAUUGCUGCCUCUUCUGCUGUGGCAGCCACUCAACCUUUCUUUAAGGCCCAACAGGAGCUUGAGGGUAAAAUAGCUGCUUUACUAGAAGAGAUAUCCUCUCUAAAAAAACAACCAUCCAAGGCAGAACCUCAGGAACAGGUGGACCCAAGAGAGCAUAACUGUGAUAAGGGGAGAAAAGUUAAAGAACUGGAGAAACAGCUAGAGGAGGUGACCAAGAGGAGGUUGGAUUAUCUGGAGAGAAUGCAGCAGCAGCAGAUGGAGUGGCAGAUAAAACUGCUGUCGGUCUCAAGAGAAACCAGACCUGAACCAGAAACCUAUAUAAAACAAGCCUACCCACGGGACAGAGAAUCCAAGAGUAAUAAACACCAUUACUACCAUCAUCCUGAAUCAAACCAGAACAUUGCGUCAGCUCUGAGUCCAGGUUAUAUUAACUAUAACAGGCAUAGUGACUUUGAUAUUCACAAACCACCUUUCCAAUCCUAUGGCUCAUCUCAACAGAGAAGUCCCAGUAAGUCCAAGAGUGACUCUUAUCUUGUCCGAGGGUCUAAACCCUCUGUGCAGUUCAUAUCUCCGUCCAAGGAUAAGUCCCCUGUCCAGUGGUCAUCACCCCUGGACACUCCGGCCCCAAGGAAGGGACCACCUGUGCCCACUUCUUAUGAAAGAAUGAAAGAGGAGAGGGAGGAGAGAAGACCUGAAAGACCUCCAUACAGAAGUGGUCAGCUGUUGGAGACUAUCUUGUCCCAUGAAAGUCCUGUAUUAAAAUCUGAGCACUCCCCAGCUACAAGAUCUAGAACAAGACAAAAUAGUGAUGAAAGUUUACAAGAGCCAGGCCUGGAGAAGAGAGGAAAAAGUGAAUUUGGUUCUGCUCAACCUUAUGAACCAGCACCACUUGACCUGUACAUGUUUCAUCCUCCUACUAGUACAACCACAAAUGCACCUCCUCUUCCAUCCUCCAUGAAGCCAGUGUCUUCCAGUACAAACUACACUCAGGCCCUUGAAGUAUUACAGCAAGUACAGAAAAGUAGAGCUCACCUUGAAAACAAUCUGCAGAACAUGCUUAGAGCCAGACGUGAAGAUGAAAUUUAUUCUCUCAUGGAUACUUGGACAGUGGAGAGUUCUGCUGCAGAGAAAACACACAUAAAAAAGCUAGUUGAUGGGUACAUAGAUAUCAUGAAUGAAGAGUUGGAGAAAGAACUAUUGGAUGAAAUGGCAAAGCUGAAGACUCAUGGAGGUGUAUCUUUUGAGGAACCUGUGAAGGAUACUGGGUCUUCAGUGAACCCAGCCAGUAAGAAGGUAACAGUACCCCCAAGGGGAAUGAAGGGGAGACUGAGUCAAGUUCAGGCCAAAAUCAAUACAGGGAGGAAGAAAGGAGAUGAUGAACAUGAAAAUGAAAAUCCACAAGUCAAGAAAGGAGACAAAGUGGCUAGUCAGUCUGGGAAGACCAAAGUACCGAAGACCAAAAGGAACACUGGCUCUAAGCCAAUUCCUUUCUAUCAAGAUGAGGAGUAUUUAGCCAGAGUCUAUGGAAAAGCAAUUUAUCAGAAUAAAAGGACAACUGUGAAGGAUCCUUACCUCCAUUUUCAAAAUGAUCCAAAACCAAAAUCUCCACGGAGACCAGCAACGUAUGCAGCCAAAGGAGUUGAACUGAAGUCUGCUAAAACUCAAACUACACCUUCCCCAGUGAAAAAACCAGGAUAUUACUCCCACCACCUACCACAACAUGUGAAACCCCACUAUUACUUUGACUCCCAGCAAGAACACCAGAAUAUAGUGCAGCCAGCUGGAAUCCCCACAGCUCCCAUACAAGGUCAGCUCAUCCCAAUGGCAGUGCCCCUCAGACCACCUCGGAUCAGUUCUGGUUUAUCUUUACCCAUCGCCAUGACAACCAGUGCCAUAGCAACCAGUCUCAUUGAAACCAGCAUUCCAGACACACAGCCCAAGACAACCUUGAGCAGCAAUGUUGCCGUGCUGACAGUGGAGUCUGAAGACUAUAAAAAGCUCUCCAAACUAAAGGCACAGGUCCUGCCAUCAGUGGACAUAGACAGUCUUCCCCCAACCCCCAGCACAACCACUGAGGGAGAUUCCAGAGCAACUGUUCCAGAAACACCACUAAAAGAUGACAUGGGGCUUGAGGAUCAGGACGACAGGAGCAGAACACCAGAUGAGCAUGACAACGAUAAUGAUGAUGAAUUCAGAAAUUACCUGAAAGUCACAGAUGUUGAAGUUGCAGACAGGAAAAAGCCUGAGAGUGAAGAAGAAGAGGAUGAGUUAUCAGAGCCAGGGAUUGCUCUACCAGGUUAUAGACCCCAGUCCUCUGCAUACCAUGGUCCUCCUUUCCCUCCCGUGCCUCCUCCUCCCACACUGGAGCCAGCAGGACCUUCCUCAGACAUCCUCGCUGCCGACUUGAGGAGGAGGAACCUGUUGGAGAAUAAGGCUCAAGACUGGAUAGAGCAAGAGUUGAUGGCACGUCUGAUCAGCCAGAUGUACCCCCCAAAACCCCAGCAGCCAUCACACCACGUUGAUCGUGAUGAAGAUGAAGAUCUCUCUGAAGUUGACUCAGAGCCAGGACCAGAAUAUUUGGAACCCUUGGGUGAAGAUGGCUUCCAGCUGUUUGUGGAUGCUGGUGUCCCUGUGAAUGAGAGUCUGGUUAGUGGGUUGGUCAAAGAAGUUCUCAUGGAGAAGAUAGCAGGGAUGUUGGGUGAGAGAGAGGCUGAGAAGACAGAGGUGAAAACACCUGUACCAGCAAAAAGAGAAGUGAGGGAGCCAGAGGAACACCCACCACAAGAGCUGGUCUCCACCCCAGUGGCCACCCCCAAGGUCUCCCCAGUCCCUAGUCCCCAGGGAGAGCAGUCCCCAGCAGUCGUGGGGACGCCAGUUCUCACACCACAGUCUUCAGUCACUGAACCUGAGUCUGAGGCUGAUACCACUGUAUUGCCUACUUUAAAAAUGACUCAAGAUUUAUCAGUCAGAGAAAACACAGCAGAUGACACUGCAGUUUUCAAUCCAAGACAGGAUGUCAAAACUCCUCCCAUCACUCCACCCCUUUCCCCGCCCACUGUUGCUGACACUCCGCCCCCUUCAGUAGAAACUCCACCCCCCAGUUCCCCUACCCCUGCUCCCAGAUCUCCCACCCCUAGAUCCCCUAGUCCUAGGUCACCAUUCCCUAGUCUCAGGAUAAAAGGACCUAGUCCGCCCCCCAGUCCACAGCCCUGGGGUAAUCCUGACUCCCCUCUGUCUGAAGAGAACCCCUAUCAUGGUGAAUUGACAGUGGACAGGGGAGAGGAACAAAUUUCCCUGUCAGUGGCACCAAAUGAGUCAUUGAGCACAAGAGAAACACUGCCUAUACUGGUUCAACCAGUACCUGUGGCGCCACCUACACAAGAAGCGGAUAUAUCCCAGGCUGCACCUUUGUCAGAAGACUCGUCCUCAUCCUCUGGGAUCACCACAGUGACAGAGACUGUGAACCAGAGUAUAUCAGAGGGAGAGUGGUUGAUCAGCAAAAGUGAGGGAGAACUGGAGGAUAAACUACAGUAUCAUGGUCUUGCUAAGGCUUACCAGUCAGCUUUUGGUGAAGUCCUUAGUCCUGAAAACAGUCUGGCAAGCACUUUGCAUGGAACAGAUGACAUAAGUCAUGAAAAGGAUGACAGCUUACCUAGUAGUGAAGGAGAAUUUGUCCACAAGCCCAAGGUGCCAUUUGAAAGGGACCCUUUGAUUGCUCUCCUGGCAAAGGUGCAGCAGCCAAUUCUAGUGUCUCCACCCCAGGGAAUACCCCAAGGACAGGAGAGAGUACCCAGGGGACCAGAGGUUCAGAGAAGUCUGGGUGAAAUACGGGAUUUAGAUACAGAGAAGAGCAUGGGGGAGAUCAGUCAGUGGGGACUGAAAAUGGAGGCUGGACAGGGGCCUUUGCUAGCUGGACAACAGUCAAUACCUGAGGAGGAGGCUCAAUAUAAAGACAAUACCAUGAAGAUGAGUGAUUUGUAUGGCACCAAGUCUAGACCACAGCCAGGGGGCAGGGUGGUCAGCGUGGCACCUUUUGCUAGCUCAACUCCAGAGAGAGUAACUGUAAAGCCCAGAAUGAUUCAGGUUGGGAGAAGUCAGAGUCCAGAGGUAACUCACCCUUCAACCAGGACCACAGAUGCCAAGCAAGCGCCUGGUGCUCAACCCAGCCCCGUGAGAACCUCACGGGAAUUCCCAAAUGCAUUUCAAGGCACUGGUACCAUCAGUGAUGUAGACACAAGAACUAUGACCCCAGACCAGAUCAACAUGGAAGCUCUCCUCCAGUCCGGUUAUCUCACUCAGACUUUCAGUUCUGAUGGAGGGAAUUCAGAUCUAGGUCACUCUGGUAACCACACUAGAACCUUGUCACAUAUUCCUGAGAAACCUGAAGAUGGAGGACUCAACCAAUCAGGAGGGCUGACCCAUACACUGGAGAAAGCAGCAGGAUUGAACCAAUCAGGACACUUGACACAUACCCUUGAAAUGCCUGAAAAGGGGACUCUGGAACAAUUGGAGGAUUUGCCAUACAAGGAAGAAAAAGAUAACCAAGGUGGAUUUCUACAGGUGAAUUUAGAUGGUACGGGAGGGGGUGGUCCUCUGAAAAUGUCUGUUACUAUUCCGUCCAUCCAUGGAGAAGACUCGAGUGAAUCUGGUACAUUUGAAGUGUCCGAUGUGUCUGAGAUCCCUGGAGGAGACUUAUAAAUAUCUGAUAAUGUAUUAUUUUGUCAGCACCUCAUAUGAAAUUUUUAAUGAUCUCCUCAUGCUAAUAUGAAAGAAUGGUAAAUGACCUAAAUAUAUUGUAUUUUUUUACAUAAAACUUAAUGUAAAGAUGAGUUAAUUUAGCAAUAAGUAAGCAGAAAUAUAUUUUAAUAUGCAUAUUGUACUUUGUGUUACUGUUGCUUUAAGGCUUGAUGUUACAGACAGCAGCUCUCAUUCAACUGCAUGUGUACAUAGCUUUUCUGGACCCAUUAUUGAAAAACAGAGUGGUUAAACAUAUUAAUGACAACUUUGUAGUUUUUGCAUUAUAUUUGAAUAAUGAAGCUGUUAGUAGAACUGUUUGCGCCAGAAUUGAAUUGAGAAUUGAAAACAAAAGUAAUGUACAUUUAAACUUAUGUAUGGUAGAAGAAAAUAUAGUUUAUCGUAAUGAAUUCCACAGAUAUGGCUGAAAUUUGAUGUUUUUCUAGUAUUCGUGUAGCCGACUACUAAUUAUUUGAGUUGUAAAUAAUUGCUAUAGUUGUUAGAAAGUGUAAACAGUAAAGUGAAAGGAAUAUCACUGUUAUUUGAAACGUUUCCAAAAGGCCUUGUAAUAUUGCUAUAAAUCGUUAUUUAUUAAAAAGAAGUCUUAUGAAUUGCUGAUAUAUUCA